CUGUUUCUCGAUAUCGAUUCUUAAGAGAGCUGCUGCUUCGAAUUGUGGAGAAUUUGAAUUAAACUUAUAAGCGAUCGCAAAAGUCAGUUAGCAGUAAGUGAGGAAAGAAAAGAAACUAGAAGAAGGAACUGGCAGAAGUAACUAACAAGCCGGUCCGCUCAAUAUCCUAUCGAACCUUCUCGAAUAAUGUGUCAUCGGCGGUUCUAACCUCACUCAUUCUCUUUCAAACAGCGGCAGCGCCAGCACGAGUUCAAUUGUUUUCACGCAGAAAUAAAUUAAACAGCCAGAAAGAUGUUCGGUGGACAGCAGCCAAUACUCGUGUUGAGUCAAAACACAAAGAGAGAAUCGGGCCGCAAAGUGCAGUUGGAGAACAUCCAAGCCGGAAAGGCCAUCGCCGAUGUGAUACGCACAUGUCUGGGGCCACAGGCCAUGCUGAAGAUGCUGAUGGACCCAAUGGGCGGCAUCGUGAUGACCAACGAUGGCAACGCCAUCCUGCGUGAGAUCACUGUGCAGCACCCGGCGGCCAAGAGCAUGAUUGAAAUUGCUCGCACACAAGACGAGGAGGUUGGCGAUGGUACCACAUCGGUCAUCGUCCUGGCCGGCGAGAUGCUGGCCGCCGCCGAGCCCUUCCUCCAGCAACAGAUCCACCCCACUGUUAUCAUUCGCGCCUAUCGCGAGGCCCUCGAGGACAUCGUCGGCCACCUGCAGUCCCAGCUUAGCAUCCAGUUGGACGUCAAGGAUAAGGCCAAGAUGGCCGAUGUGGUCAAGGCCUGUGUGGGCACCAAGUUCAUUGGCAAGUGGUCCGACCUUGCCGUCAAGAUUGCCCUGGACGCAGUCGAGACAGUGACGCUAAGUGAGAACGGCCGUCUGGAGGUAGACAUUAAACGCUAUGCCAAGGUGGAGAAGAUCCCGGGUGGCGCCAUCGAGGAGUCGUGUGUUCUUAAGGGCGUGAUGAUCAACAAAGACGUGACGCAUCCCAAGAUGCGACGCCUCAUCGAGAAUCCCCGCAUCGUGCUGCUUGACUGCUCGCUGGAGUACAAGAAGGGCGAGAGCCAAACCAACGUGGAGAUAAUCGGGGAGCAAGACUUCACCCGCAUGCUGCAGAUCGAGGAGGAGUUUGUGCAGCGCAUCUGCGCCGACAUCAUUGCCGUGAAACCGGAUUUGGUAUUCACUGAGAAGGGUGUCUCCGAUCUCGCCCAGCACUAUUUGCUGAAGGCUGGCAUCACGGCCAUCCGUCGGCUGCGUAAGACUGACAAUCUGCGCAUCGCCCGCGCCUGUGGUGCCACCAUCGUGAACCGCACUGAGGAGCUAACCGAGAAGGAUGUGGGCACGGGAGCUGGACUGUUCGAAGUCAAAAAGAUCGGCGAUGAGUACUUCACUUUCGUGACGGAGUGCAAGGAGCCCAAGGCCUGCACCAUCCUGCUGCGCGGUGCCAGCAAGGACAUCUUGAACGAAACGGAGCGCAACCUGCAGGACGCCCUGCACGUGGCCCGCAACUUGGUGCUGGAGCCACGCCUGGUGGCUGGCGGCGGAGCCGUUGAGAUGGCUGCCUCCCAGCUGCUCACGCGCAAGCAGGUUAAGGGACCAUACACGGCGGUGGCCCACGCCCUAGAGAUCAUACCGCGCACACUGGCUCAGAAUUGCGGCGCCAACACGAUCCGUGCUCUGACUGCUCUCCGCGCCAAGCACGCCUCCCACACCGGCGAUGGUGUCUGCGCCUGGGGCAUCGACGGCGAGUCCGGCGAAAUCGUGGACAUGAACGUGAAGAACAUCUGGGAGCCGCUGGCCGUCAAGCUUCAGACCUACAAGACCGCCGUGGAGACGGCCAUCCUGCUGCUGCGCAUCGAUGAUAUCGUCUCUGGAUCAAAGAAACGCGGCGGCAACGAGCCCACCAAUCCGGCGGCCAUGGCCCAGGGUCAGGAGUAGUAGCCUGCGAUUAACCACGUGUAUUAAUAAUGCUUACUAUCCUUUAAUACUUAAUUUAACACUCAAAAGAAAAAACAAAACAAAAUCCCACACACGCCACCCCAAAUGUUUAACAUUUAGCUUCAGCCAGGCAUCGUUGGCUUCUCUGGAAGAAGGAAACCCAUCCGCCGGCCGCCUACACACAAAAUUCAAAUGCAUUUGCUCUCAUUAACAGUACACAAAUAAAAUUGUUAAAACUC